UAUCAAUAUGAACCGCUGCCCCGAAAUGACAACAUCCGUCUACUGAGUCUGCUGCCUGGGGAGAGCAAUGAGGAUAUACAUUGUUCCCUCUCUCUUUCCUUCUUGUCAGAGGAGUUGCAGCAACCUUCUUGCGAGUACGAGGCUUUGUCAUACACUUGGGGCUCGAACGAGCGGCCUCAUAGAGUGCUAAUCGAUGACCUGGACUUCCCGGUGACUGCAAAUCUUUUUGCUGCGCUACGGGGUUUCCGGCUUUGCAGCCAGGUCAGAACUCUCUGGGUUGAUGCCAUUUGCAUAAAUCGAGACGACAUAUCCGAGCGCCAUGACCAGGUUCAAAAAAUGUCACACAUCUUCAGAGCUGCCAAGAAUGUUUUAUUCUGGCCCGGAGAA